UUUGAUUACUACAACUCCCUCCUGAUUAACGAGAAGGAUGAAAAUGACAACUAUGUGGAGCUUGGAGAUGAAUUCAUUUUGGAGCCAAAUGAGCAUUUCAAUAACCUGCUGGUGAACACAACAUACAGUGAUAUUCAGCUCCCCACCAAUGUCUACAACAAAGACCCUGACAUCCUGAAUGGCGUUUACAUGUCAGAAGCCUUGAACCCUAUUUUCGUGGACAACUUUGAAAGGGAUCCCACGCUGACCUGGCAGUACUUUGGUAGCUCCACUGGAUUCUUCAGGCUCUACCCAGGAAUAAAGUGGUUACCAGAUGAGAACGGAGUCAUCUCCUUUGACUGCAGGAAUCGUGGCUGGUACAUCCAAGCAGCUACCUCUCCCAAGGACAUUGUCAUCAUUGUGGACGUCAGUGGGAGCAUGAAGGGCCUGCGGAUGACCAUCGCCAAACACACCAUCGUCACCAUUCUAGAUACUCUGGGAGAGAACGACUUUGUCAACAUCAUUGCAUACAAUGAUUAUGUUCAUUUUAUCGAACCCUGUUUUAAGGGUAUCCUGGUCCAAGCAGAUAGAGAUAACAGAGAGCACUUCAAGCAGCUGGUGGACGAACUGCAGGCAAAGGGAGUGGGAACUGUGAACAAGGCUUUGACGGAGUCCUUCAAAAUCCUGAGGGAGUUCAGAGAUGCCGGUCAAGGAGGCUUGUGUAACCAAGCUAUCAUGCUGAUCACAGAUGGAGCAGUGGAGGAUUAUGAAGCUGUGUUUGAAAAAUACAACUGGCCAGAUCGGAAGGUCCGGGUUUUCACUUACCUCAUUGGACGGGAGGUCACUUUUGCUCCCAAUGUGAAAUGGAUCGCCUGCAACAACAAAG